AUGCCACCACACCCCCAGGAUACUCAAACAGCCCCACCGCCCCAAAAUCAAAAUCAAAAUCCAACCGCCUUCAACCCCCAAACACCGCAUCCCCACUUAAGCCAAAACACCAAUCCUCAAACCCACCCACAAAACUACCAAACUGCCCAAAACGUCCCAAGUCCUUCUAUAGCUCCACCCCUCCCAAAAAGAACCACCUUCCAAGUUCCCAUUCCUGCCGAGCAUGAGGUGCAUGGUUCCGAGUUGGAUCACUACGAGGAGCAGGAGAGAGAGUGGAAGGCAAGGGAAGAGGCAAAGAUUGACAUAAAGGAGGAGAUUAAAAGGGCUAUGAAAGAGUUGCAGUGCAUUCCAGACGUCGCCGGAUUGAGUUAUGCAGAAUUGUGUAUCCACCCAGACUUGAACCUUCCCGAAGGGUUCAAAAUCCCGAAGUUUGAUACCUUUGGAGGGGUAGGCAACCCCAUGGCGCAUUUGAGAGCGUACUGCGACCAACUCGUGGGAGUUGGCAAAGAUGAGGCUUUAUUGAUGAGGCUUUUCAGCCAGAGUCUGUGCGGGGAGGCCCUAGAAUGGUUUACGUCACACGAAACCAGGCAGUGGCCCAGUUGGAGCGCGCUAGCCAAAGACUUCAUUGAUCGAUUCACAUGGAGAAAAGAAGCAGCAAGGGUGAGGCCUCCAAUGACUGAAAAGGAGAUUGUAGAAGUGUUUGUGCGGGUGCAAGAGCCCGAAUACUAUGACAGAAUCAUUUUGUUAAUCAGAGCCAAAUUCGCCGAGAUAGUCAAAGUUGGCGAGACUAUCGAAGACGGUCUGAAGUCGGGGAAGAUAUCCCGAGUAUCCGCGUCGCCUGGGUAUUCCAGAUUGAUGAGGAAGAAGAGAGAGGAAGUUGCCAUUCAAAGCGGGUAUGAUCCUUCUCGUCCCAAGUUUGAAAAAAGGCCUUUGAGGAAUUUUACCGCACUGGCUGAAAGCCGGACCAAGCUAUUCGAAAGACUAUCCGUGGCCGGAUACAUCCACCCUGUGGGGCCCAAGCCGGUGGAUGUCAACUCUAAGUUCUACAAACCUGAGCAAAGAUGUGCUUAUCAUUCCAACAGUGUUGGACAUGACACAGAAGACUGUAUCAAUCUUAAGCACAUGAUCCAGGAUCUGAUCGACCAGGAGGUAUUCUCCCUCCAACCGGCAGCGCCAAACGUCAAUACAAAUCCGUUGCCUAAUCAUGGGGGUGGAAACAUUAAUAUGAUAGAAACGGACGAAGACGAGUGUGAAACCAAGAGGAUUACUCCUGUUGCGCAGGAAGACUUGGAAAGGGCUGUCGCUUCUUUAACCGUCAGGGAAAAGAGAGAGUUUGUUAUUCUGACACCUACAAAGGUUGUUGCCUUGGUGCCCUCAAAAACUCUCGCCAAACCAAGUUUGUCAUCGAAACUGCCGUGGCCCAAGGCAUGA